GAGAAAGAAAGAGAGAGAGAGAGAAAGAGAGGAGAAGAGAGGAGAGAAGAGAAGAAGAAAGAGUCCAUGUCGAGGAUUAUAAUCUCGACUGCGAUCAACCAAAGUUCCUAUUUUUCACGUGUUUUAGCGACAAGUUUAGAGGUUAAGAAGAGAGAAAGAGAAAUAAAGAGAGACAGGGAGAGAGAGAAAGAGAGAGAGAGAGAGAAAGAAAACGAAGACACGCCGAAACCUCGUGUUCCUACUCGAGAUUGGAGAAACGAGGCGACUUCUCCCGCGCUAAUUAGCCAGCCAAUUAGAAAGCUCGCGGCCAUGCGUAACAAGCUGCGCGCGCAAAAGUUCCUAAAGCAACGCAAAGCUUUUUUUUUCUCUCUUUAUAUUUGGGUUCUUUUUCUCUUUUUUCUAUUUUUUCUGUUUUUUUUUUCCUUCCUUUCUCGAAGAAGCUCUCAAGUCGUCGGGGCGUAAUGCUCGGAAGCAUAAUGAUAUUAAAUAUAACAAUUAUUAUCGAUAAGAUAGGAUUUAAGAAGGAUAAAGCGUUUUGAAUUUGGCGAGAAACCACUCGCCGAUUAUUACGAUAGUGAUUAUUAGUUAGUUCGAUCAACGAACGAAAAUAAAAGAGAGAGAGAGAGAGAGAGAGAGAGAGAGAGAGAGAGAGAGAAAGAGAGAGAGUGAACGAGAAAACGAGAGAAAGUGAAGGAAGGACGAAAAAGAAAAUGUCUUAUUAAGUCCCUUAACAAUCAUAGCGAUAGUAAUAAUACGAUUAGCUGUAAAUUGUCUUGCGAUACGAGGACGAAUUUCUAUGGACAACAAGAGAGAAAGAAAGAGAAAGAAAUAGAUAGAUAAAUAGAGAGAAACAGACAGACAAACAGAUAGAGAGAAAGAGAGAGAGAAAGGAAGAGAGAGAGAGAGAGAGAGAGAGAUAAAGAGAGAGAUCCUAGAAAGAAAAGGACAAGAGAAAUAAAUAAGCAACGUACUGUGUCUUAUGGCUUCUAAUUCCUCUAGGCAAUAAAGAACAAGAAGAGGCUACUACUAUCCCCCCAAAGCGGUGAAAAGGAUUUCCGUAGAAUUGUUUUUCUUCUUUAUCAUCGUCAUCGUCAUCGUCAACGUCAACGUCAACGUUAACGUUAACGACAACGUCAUCAUCUUUCGUUACUACUCAUCACUCGUAUACACUUAUUUCAUUUCUAUUCCGAUAUAGAAGAAGAAAAUUUUGGAUUGGUAUAAAUGUUAUAACGUUGUUGUUUGUGAACGGUAACCGUACGUCACCGUCGGAGCCAAAUGAUUUUCAUCGUGUUCCAAUAGAAAAAAUGAAAAUUUGUUAAUCCUGAACUCGGACCUUCGCCGCCGUGGACUCGUACAAGCAAUCUAUCACUUAUAAUCCGCGUCUCGAUCUUUUUAAACUCUUAAUCGAUUCGAAGAUAAACAAAUGAAGAAACAAAUAAUUAAAUAAAUAAAUAAAUGAAUAAAUAAAUAAAUGAAUAAAUAAGAUAUAUAUAUAUAUAUACACGCAUACAUUUUAAAAGCGUAUUUAAAUAUACAUUCCUAUACAUAUACACGUGUACAGGUAUUUUGUUAAGCUCUCGCUGUAAUCUUUGAUACCGAACGUUCGACUUUCUGCGAAAAAGAAUUUUUCUUUUUUUCUUUCCUUGACGAAUUUAAAAAUUAUAUAAAAUAAAAGUUAUAAGAGUGAGAAAGAGAGAGAGAAAGAAAAGAAGGGUAGUUGACACGGUGGAAAGAAAAAGAAGAAAAAUAAUAUAUAUAUAUACAUAUAAAGAAAAAGAAAGAAAGAAGAAGAAAAAGUCGACAAAUAUUUAAUUAUUCGUGAAAGAAGCGACAGCAAGAUGUCCACGAUGAGCGUCGUGUCGAAUUCAUCCGUCGAAGUCGACUCGGACUCAUCGAACGAUUUGUCGAGUAAGGACGAGGCUCCAACCGAGCAAAAGUUUAUCCUAAGAAACGAGCUCUACAACAGCCUUUUAGCGAGCGCGUUAGGCAAGACGGUGCUGAAUAGGCAUCUCAAUUUAAAGGAGCAAGGUAUCAAUUUUAAUUUGGCCAACUUGAAGGACAACUUGAACGCUCUUGGUGCUCUUAAAGAUUUGAAGGAUUUGAAGGGACUCACCGUUAGUAGUGUCCCUGCUUUCCCGAGGAAUCUCGCCCUUCAUCGGGAAGAUCACGACGAGAAAGCGUCGUUCGCGUGGUCGGAAGGUGGCGAGGAUGGUGGAGGCGGUGGCGGUGGAGGAGGAGGAGGUGGGGGUGGUGCCGGUAGUGGGGGUACCGGAAGUGGAGGAACGGGCCCCACGGCAACUGGGGGUGGCGGCCUGGCCCACUGGGUUAGCGUUAUGGCGGAACACAUUCACAAUCCGCAUUCCGCAAGCGGAGUAGCCGGUAUUCAUCAUCAACAACAGUCGCCACCUCAGCCACCUUAUCCGUGGAACAACGGUCUCUCCACUGACCAAUGCAAUCCCCACGACAAGGAAAGCGAUUAUUGGGGCGGCGGACGUGGUGCGAAACAAGGUUACGAGCACUUUCUGUUACAGGCAAAAAUGAACGCGGAUCAUGGUCAAUUGCAGAAAGGGGAAGAUCAGUAUCGCGGUGCCGGUGGAUCUAGCAGCGGCAGUCCCCCAGCGAGUCUACUGGUGGUUCCUCAGCCUCUAACGGUGAAGCCCUCUCAUCCGUCUCAUCUCAACCCUCAUCUCGGUGGACCUCACUCGCAUCCGCCGAGAAAGUACCAGUGCAAGAUGUGUCCUCAGAUCUUCGGGAGCAAGGCGGACCUGCAGCUCCACACGCAGAUGCACAUGCGCGAGGCGAAACCGUACAAGUGCAACCAGUGCUCUAAGGCGUUCGCAAACUCGUCUUACCUGUCGCAGCACACGAGGAUCCACCUCGGCAUCAAGCCGUACCGCUGCGAGAUCUGUCAGCGGAAGUUCACGCAGCUGAGCCACCUACAGCAGCACAUCCGCACGCACACCGGCGACAAGCCGUACAAGUGCCGGCAUCCAGGGUGCACGAAGGCGUUCAGUCAGCUGAGCAACCUCCAGAGUCACUCUAGGUGCCACCAGACCGACAAGCCUUACAAAUGCAACUCCUGCUACAAGUGCUUCUCCGACGAGCCCAGCCUCCUCGAGCACAUACCGAAGCACAAGGAGUCGAAGCACUUGAAGACGCACAUCUGCCAGUACUGCGGCAAGAGCUAUACCCAGGAGACCUACCUGGCGAAGCACAUGCAAAAGCACGCGGAGAGAACCGAUAAGAGACCCCCGAUCAUCGGUACCGGGCUCAGGCCGUCGAUCCAUGCGAUGGCCGCUCACCAUCAGGAUCAUUAUUGGCCGAAAAUGAGUCCGGACUCGGUGAUUGGCGAUCUCCACGAACGGCUACCACAUCACCAUGCCGAGUACCAUCAGAAUCAGAACCCGGAGAUGCUCCUGCCUGGCCACGGGCAUCGCUCCGCCGAGUCCAUAGAGAACGACUCGAGGCAACAGACGCCUCAGCCCGGACCCGCGGGUAAUCAUCAUCCGAACAGUAGCUCGGCCUUCACGCCGAUAUCCUCGAUCUCGAUAAACUCGAUAUCCUCGAUGCAACAUCCCCUCAAUCCCCUCAAUCAUCUUCAUUAUCCCGCCAGUCAUCAUCCGGCCUCGAGGCCUUACCUGUACGAGGCCUUCAACUCGACGCAAAAGUCCUCACCCACCUCGUCCUCCUCGGGCGUUACGUCCGGAACGACGAGCAAUCAGAACGCCACCUCCUUCCCUAACCAACUGAUCAGCCUACACCAGAUCAGAAAUUAUGCUCAUCAGCCGAAUCUCGGCAAUCUUGGGAACCUCAGCAACCUCGGCAAUCUCGGCAACCUAAGCAGUCUCAACGCCACCAUGGAGAGCCACGCGCUUCUCGGAGGACUCAAGGAGAAGCAGUAAUCUCUGUUUCUGUCGAUUAGAGCGGGAUUAGACGCUAGGGAAAUGUAUUUUGUUCAAACACCACCUUUCUUUUUCUUCUA